AUGCCUCUGCGCGCUAAGGUCACUAACCCGGCCUUUUUUGCUACGGCGAAGAUGUCUACGACCCCCGAGAUCCCCAAAGAACUGCCCGGAGACGAAGCGGAUGAUGUCCUCUUCAGCUCCCUCUACGGUGUGCGACUGAUCGAGCUGAACCGUCCGAAGAAACUGAACUCCCUCAAUGGAUCGAUGGCGCGCAAGAUUCUCCCGCGGAUGAAGGAGUGGGAAAAGUCUGAUCUGGCGAACAUCGUGAUGGUCUCGGGUGCUGGUCCCAAAGCGCUGUGUGCCGGAGGCGACGUGGCCGCGCUGGCUUUACAGAACGAACAGGGCCCCGAGGGUCAGCAACAGUCGACCGAUUUCUUCGAACUUGAAUACCGUCUCGACCACACGAUCGCGACCUACAAAAAGCCCUUCAUCUCCGUCAUGGACGGCAUCACCAUGGGCGGCGGCGUCGGCCUGAGCGUGCAUGCGCCCUUCCGCAUCGCUACCGAGCGCACUCUCUUCGCCAUGCCGGAGACCACCAUCGGCUUCUUCCCCGACGUGGGCGGCUCCUUCUUCCUUCCCCGUCUCGACGGCGAGACCGGCACAUACCUGGCUCUGACUUCGGAGCGCUUGAAGGGCGUGCAGGCACUCUACGGGGGCAUUGCCACGCACUACCUGCACUCGAGCUCGCUGAGCAGCCUGACCAACCGGCUCGCCGAGCUGGUCUUCGACGACGAAUGGCCACUCGGGCAACGCCUCAAUCUGGUGAACCGCACCCUGGCGGAGUACUCGACCGGGAUCCCAUCUUUGGAAGAGGAGCCGAUGCAGCUGGCGGGCGGUGUGCGCGAGGCCAUCGACCGCUGCUUCAAAUACAACACGGUGGAUGAGAUCUUCCAGGCGCUCGAGAAGGAGACCAAGCAGAAGAAGUGGGCCCGGCAGACGCUGGAGACGCUGUCAAUCCGGUCGCCCACCUCGCUCAAGGUGACCUUGCGACAGAUGCGCCUGGGCCGGGAGUGGUCCAUCUCCGAGGCCUUCCAGCGCGAGGCGCACCUCGCCGGCAUGUUCAUGCGCCACCCCGAUUUCGUGGAGGGCGUCAAGGCCCGCCUGAUGGCCAAGCCGGCGCGCCAGGCCGAGUGGCAGCCGGCCACGCUGUCGGAGGUCACUGAUGAGGCCGUGACGUCCUUCUUCGAGCUCCCCGAGGGCAAGGAGCGUCUGCCGCUGCUCAGUGAAGCCAACUACACGAGCUACCCGCAUGCCAGGUUUGGGUUGCCCAGCGAGGCCGAGAUCGAGCAGUACGUGCGCGAUCACUCGGAGAAGUUCUUCAAGACCAUCGCCGUCUUUGCGGCCAAAUGGGACAACAAGGAGGGAGUGCGCGAGAAGGUGGCCGAGGUCCUGGCCCGGCGAACGGCGCAAACGGAGGAGGGCAACCUGCGAUGGGUGGAGUAG